AUGGCUGGCGGCGGAGGCGCGGGCGGCAAGCGCAGAUUCUCGCGGGCACCAUGGCAUCGCAGUCACAAGGUGGCCAACGAGAGCAGUGGCCGCCGCUCACGCCAGGUCUUCAAGUUGCCUUUCGCCAUGCUGGUGAUGGCGUUCGCCGUGAUCAGUCCAACAAGGGACAACGCUGGAACAUUCUGUGGAUGCGGGAAGAACGAAUCCAUAUUCUAUUUCUGCAAGCACUGCGGCUCGCUCAAGUCGGCCUCGAAGGUUGAUCCAAGCUCUCCGUGGUCUGCAGGCGACUCGACCAAGCCGCCGCUCACUGCCGAGGAGUAUGAGCAGCUUGCCAUGUUGUGCGAGAAGCUCGGUGACAAGGCUGGCGCCAUGGCCCACCGCGUUGCAGCCAAGGUUCUCACUGAACCGAAGUCUGUCACCGAGUCGACGCAGGUGCAGCUCAACAAGGCCCACCAGCGCGCAAAAGGCAUCGAGCGCAAGCUUGUGCAGGCGGUGGGCAAGUACAAUGCUCUGGAGCAGCAGCUGGCAGCCCAGCGCGACGUAGUGGUUCAGCUUCGCGCGGAGCUCGCGGAGGCGGAGAAGCAGCACAAGCAGCUGGUCCAGAAGCUCCACUCGCCCUUACCGCAAGAGGCUUCCGUGCCGCGCAUGCCAGCUGACAUCCUCUUUGACGAAUGGAAGCUUUCCUCGUUCUUCGACAUUGACUUCGGUAACCUGGUCAAGUUGGAUGGGCGCGACCUGUCUUCAGAGGAUCAGACUGAACUCGACUCAAGGGCGCAGCAGCUCAAGACUGGGGUCAGCUCACUGGCCAAGGACCCUUCCUCGCAGGCGAAGGCCAAGGUUGCCGCGAUCAAGAAG